AUGUCAUUUAAUUACACUGAUAUUAAUGAAAGUUGUUAUUCAGAAGAUGGAAAAAGCCUCAGUAAAGUCAAUGAUACAUCACCACACCUCAGAAUAUCAGCUAAAUGCGAAAUAAUACAAGAUAAGUGUUUUUAUCAACUAUAUUCAUUAAUUUCGUUUUCAUUUGAAGAAAAUCCAAACUUAACAACAAUUGGAUCUAGUAGUUUUUAUGAAUGUGAAUGUCUUACAAUUUUUAAUUUAUCAUCCUGUAAUGGACUUAAAUUAAUAUCUUCAAGGGCAUUUUUUCGUUGCUAUAAAGUUUCUGAAAUACUUUUUCCAAGAGGACUUCUUGAAAUUCAAUAUGAAUGGUGUUUCUAUCAAUCUAAAUAUAAAUCAAUAGAAAUUCAUAAUUCUUUUACUACAAUUGGAGUGAGGAGCUUUUUUUAUUCAAAAAUCAUCUCAAUUAAAUUGCCAGAAAGUGUAAAAAGGAUCGAAAAUGAUGGCUUCCAUGGUUGUAAUAGUAUGAUAAAUGUAACAUUUUUAGGAGCUAUAGAUUACAUCGGGAAUGAUGCAUUUAAUUAUUGUGAUAAUCUUGAACUCAUUAUUUUCCCUAAUACAUCAAUGAUUGUCGCAGGACAAUUUUUCAUAUCAUAUCCUUCUCCCAAAGUAAGGAUGUCAUUCACAUGCCAAACAUUCUUUUCUUCUUUUUUAGUGAUUUAUAGAAAUGCUAAUGUUUCAAUUUCAUAUAUAAAUAAAUCGGAUCUUAUUAUUACUACACAGUUAUUUAUUAUGAAUUCAAAUCAAACAGAAAUUUAUGGCUAUUGGGGAUUAAAUACAGGUUUAACAAUUCCUAAAAAUGUUACCACAAUCAAAGAAAGAGCAUUCGAAAAUUCUAAUAUUUACCAAAUAAAUUUUAAUGCAGAUUCAAAUCUUUCAGUGAUCGAAAAUUAUGCCUUUAGAAACUGUUCAAAUUUGUAUUCAUUUGAUUUUUCUUUGAUUGCUUUGAACUACAUAGGAAAUGAAUCAUUUAAAGACUGUAUUAAGUUGACAUAUGUGAGAUUUUAUUCCAGUGAUGUUGUUGUUAUGAGCAAUGCAUUUGAAAACUGCAUUAACUUAGUAAAUGUUAGUAAUAUCACUAAUGUCCUUGAUGGUUGUUUUAGUGGAUGUACUAAUUUGACAAAUGUAGAAAUUCGAGAAAGAUCAAGAGUAAUUUGUUCUAAAUCUUUUGCUAAUUGUUAUUCGCUAGAAUACAUUCUCAUUCCAUCAUCUGUUCAAUAUGUUUCAGAAUAUUCAUUCUUGAAUUGCAUACAUCUUAAAUCAAUCAAAUUUAUUGAAACAAAUUCCCUUCGGAAAAUAUCAAAUCGCUCAUUUUCAGGAUGUAAUUCACUUCAAAACAUAUCUAAUUUCGAAUCAGAUAAAUACAAAUGUAUUGAUAAUACUAUUUAUUAUAAAAAUGAAACAGGUGAUUAUCUCACAUUUCAUCUUAAUACAUCAUUAGAUAAAACUCUUUUUAUCAAUUGCAGUGUUAUCUGCAGUUAUUCAUUCAAUGAAUGUAACAACAUAUAUAACAUCACUAUUCUUCCCAACACUGUUUCACUGAUUGAAAAAUAUUCAUUCAACAACUGUUUGAAUCUUCAACACAUCAACUUCCCUCUUUCAGUAGAAACUGUCGAAUCCCAUUCAUUUUAUGAAUGUCAUUCUAUUCGAUGUCCUCUUAUUAUUGAGAACACAAAACUUGAUUACAUCAGAAUGAUUGUAUAUUCAGGAAUUCCUCGUAAACUUAUUUUUACAUGCGGGGUUUAUCAUGACACACGCAAACUUGAAACACCAUAUAUUUUUAGAAAGGCAGCCACAACGUUUUUACUUAUUUUAUAUUUAAAAUAA